UUCACAUGCAGUAAGUUACCGUGAACAAGGGGAAAAGGGCUAGACCAGGGCCUUGACGCCUAAGUUGUUUAUGGAGUUAGGGGAGCUAGGACUUAGGAUCAGCCACCCUACCUCCAUGCAUCUGCCAACCGGUUCCCACUCACAGCAGAGGGACCUUUCCAGAAUUUAAACUGGGCCAUGUUAUUCCCUGCUUUAACUCCUGAAAUGAUUCUUCCAACUAAAAUUUGAAAUUUAAAUAAAAUCCUGAAGUAGUUGCUCUAUCUAGAACUUAAAAUUUAAAUUCACUAGAAUUGCACACAAGGCCAUUUGUGUUUUGGGUCCUGCCCACCUCUCCAGCCUCUCUUGGGGCUACUUGUCCACGUGUGCAUGGUGGUCUUCCUUUAGUGAAUCUCUGCAGUUGCUCUGCCACCCUGUGCUCUCUCAGGCCCCUCGCCCCUGCCCAGAAAGCCAGCCAGCCACCUCCUGCCCCACCCCACCUCAGCUGACAUCCUGUUCAUUUACUAGGACAGCUCUGGCAUUGCCACCCUAGGAAAUGUCCAAUUCCUGUGACCUGUUGGGUGCUCCUGUACUGGAGGGAGCAGAGAAUAUGAACAUUUUUUCCAGGUGUGCUUGGAUUUAGUUGUUUUGUUCCUUGACAAGGUUUCUAACUUUUGGUUUGCUUUCUCAAUAACAGAAUGGGAAGAAUGACGCCUUCCAGGGUUGCCGUGAAGGCUAAAAGAGAUAAUGCAUGCCAGCUUCAUACUGGGAAGCAGCUCUUGUCAUUGUAGUCAUCAGUUUACCCUUGGUCACCCACUGUAGACAGACUGAGAGUUCCUAGAGGAUGUCUUUUAUCUCAGCAUCCCCUAAAACACAGGGAGAAGAGCACGUGUUUGGGAAGGAGAACUGUGAGUUUCAUUUUGGAAAUGGAUAUGAGGUGUUUGUAAGAAUGUCUGAGUACAGAUGGCCGUUGGCAGUUGGAGCUGGCCGAGUCCUGGAGCUCAGCACGAAGUCUGGUUUGGAGAUACGGUUUGGGGAAUGAGUUGUGUCAGUGGUGGUUGGUUUGGGUGAGGUGUAGGGUCUUAAUUCAGGUUACUUAGAAAACCGAAUCAGAGGCGAAGCUGAAGUGCUAGUGCUUUGUAGUAAUUGCAGUCCCAAAGUACUGCGAGUGAGGGGAGGGGAGGGGAGGGGAGGGAAACUAGGCAGGAAAGGAGAAGAAACAAGGUUUGUUUUAAUGCGUUGCCCACUGCUUCACCAAGGCACAGCUAGCCACCUGCCCAUGUGUGCUGUCUCUGGUUAGACUGCUCACAAACACCGUGCCUGGCUACAACAUUACAUUGGGUUGAUGGAGGGCUGGAAAGCAGAUUCACCUGCUCUCCUUCCUGUCUUCUGUCUUCCGUUGCUCCAAGUUUGCCCUAUGAGGUGUUUGCUCUCCCUGACUUGCUGGGAUUGUAUUACUUAGCCACCAGGAAAGCCAGACCCCAUGCCCUGCAGUCCCCCAAGUCCUGAAGUAGCACAGUGAACAGAAGGGCACUGGCCUACAGGACUUGGUCAAGGCAGAGCAAGCAACUGAAGGCGUGGAAAUCAGGUGAGGCCACAAGUCACCUGAGGAGAGUGUCCAGGCGUGGGGAGGGUAGCCCUAAGUGUUCAAGAACCUGCAGUGGGGCCCAAGGGAGCACCCAUUGGAGCAGAGGCUCCCAGAGGAAAUGUCAGGGCCAAGGAGGAGAGAUUCAGGAGAUGAGGUGAGCAGCCUCUGAUAUAACUCAGAUGUAAUGUGGCUGCAUUCUAGAAAGUAGCACCUGAUUGUCAGAUGCCUGGUGAGCUGACCAGAGCAGUCUCAGUGGGGUAGAGGGAGCAGAAACUGGGUCAUGGUGGCCAGAAAGGGGAGAGAGCAGCAUGUGUGCACUGUGUCCCAAUAAUCGUGGAAGCUGGGUGGCCAGCAGAUGGCAGACAGCUGAUGCAGGCAUCAUUGCCUGUGGAUGGCAAUGGGAGCUGCUCUUGGGGCCCAAAAUAGUUCUGGAAACCGGGCUGUGAUGAUGGGGGAGAGAGGCCUAGUGAGGCACUCUGUACCAAGGAUGGGGGGCAGUACAGAGACUUGAGCCUCUGCUGGCUCAUCCUAGGAAACGUGCAGCGCCCCAGAGCUGAUGGUGCCCUACCCAGCCUCGGGGCUGAAAGCAAACCAUGAGCACGAGCAUGUGGGUUCCACAGCUCCGGGUGCCCAAAUGCGGAAGCUUCGUAGGAUGGAAUACCUUGACCCCUGUCAAGGAGGCCCAGGGGCACCUGGAGAACAUGGGCUCUGAGGGUGAGGGCUCCUCCUGCCUCCCUGUGGGUGUUACGCUCCAUGUAGCCCUCUCCUCCAGGUAUAUUGAGAAACAUGUCAUUCACCCAGGCUGCUUUCAUCUCUACCAUGUGUGCCAGCUGAAACAGGCACUGCUGCUCCCAGGGACACAUGGCCGGUACCGCUGAGGUCAGGUUAGAAAUUCUAAACGUGCCAAUGAUUAAACAAUGGAGCGAACACCAAGGAAAGCUUUGCUUCACGUGCAGCAACAGGAUGGAACUACAAGAAAACAAACACUUCCCUAGAAUAUAACUGAGAGCAGCCCCUUGUACUUCCUUCAUCCAAGCCAUACCUACAGGCCAAAGAUAGGCUUCUCCAACCAACAGAAAAGAAUAGUGGAGAUGCCAUCGACACAACCUUCUCCCAUAGGAAGGGAAGUGUGAACGUACGAGAGCGUGAUGGAGCUGCAGACAGCCCUGGAUGCCUUGAAGAAGGGUAUAGAACAGCGCCCAGAGAAGACAACUCUCUCCAUCCCUACCCCUGCCCAAAUUCUGGAUUUAUAGUCGCUCAGUAAUCACGAGUAACCUUAGCAAGUUUCCCUGGAUCCUUUCAAAUCAAGAAGAUGAAAUCUUCAACUUGUUCUCGACCUUGUUUUUCAACCGACAUCGCCUUGUGCAUCAUUUCAGUGAUGAACUCUAUGACAAGGUCUUCAAGAAUAUCUGCUGGCUCCCCUGUCUUAUUGUAUAGUACUCACCCUUCUGGUGAUGCUGUGAGAUGAUAGAAUGCCCACGUGAUGAGACGAAGUGAGGGGAAUGACAUGGGCGCUGUGACGCAAGUAAGUUCAGGCUCCUGCUGACCUGCUAAUAAAGGAGGAGCGCCUGCUUCUGGACCACAGUUGACUGCAGAGAGAGAGAGAGUGUGUGCAUGCGAGAGGGCAGUGCAGAGGGAGAAGGAGAGAGAAUCUUAAGCAGGCUCCAGGCCCAGUGCAGAGCCUGACAUGGAGCUCCCUGAGGGGCCCACCUGGGGCCUCUGCAGGUUGAGUCUCAUGACCAGAGCAGAAAUCAAGAGUUGGAUGUUCAACCAGUUCUGCCACCUAGCCGCCCCUCCAUGAAGUGUUUCUUUAACACACAGGGCCUAAGCUACGGCCCAGAACUUCGAAGAAUUAAGCUUGUCUACCCAACCCUGGAGGACUCCCUACCUGCCCUGGAAGUUUGCUGUGAAGAGAGGAGGAGAGGAGCACAGCUUGGACUUUCUCUGAAGCAGGCAGUUCUCAGACGGAUCUGAGCCAUGGCACGUGCCCAUUUUAUUCUCCCAAAUGUGCCAAUCGUCUGAGUCACUCAUCCUCCUCUACGUGAAAGUGAGUGAGGAGGUGAGGAGCACCAGAGCAAGUGACUCUGUCCUUCCUGAGAUUGGAUCCUGGUUUCCAGUGCUAAGAGCGUGAAGUUAUGAAGGUGGAAGAAGAGAAGGCUGGGGUAGGGAAGCUGGACCCUGCUAACUACAGGAGGAGAUGUCAGGAUCAGGAAGACUGCCGUUCCAUCCACAUUGGGCUUUCAGUCCCCAGUUACCCUCAGAGGAAAAGAGACCAGCAGGGACGUCUUCCGGGCCUGCAAAAGGUCUGCUGGGGCCUCCAGCCCGACAAGCCGCAGCAGGAACUGACUGGCGCCGGCAACAGGGGAAGCAGCCGGGACAGCAAUGUGGAUCAUGUCAGCAGGACCCGGUCUCCAGCUGCUGAGCAGCUCCAGGACAUCCUGGGGGAGGAAGAUGAGGCUCCCAACCCCACCCUCUUCACAGAGAUGGACACUCUGCAGCACGAUGGAGACCAGAUGGAGUGGAAGGAGUCAGCCAGGUGGAUAAAGUUUGAAGAAAAGGUAGAGGAAGGAGGUGAACGCUGGAGCAAGCCCCACGUGUCCACACUGUCGCUGCACAGCCUGUUCGAGCUGCGGACCUGCUUACAGACGGGGACGGUGCUGCUGGAUUUGGACAGUGGCUCCUUACCACAGAUCAUAGAUGACGUCAUUGAGAAGCAAAUCGAGGACGGCCUCCUGCGGCCCGAGCUCCGGGAGAGGGUCAGCUAUGUCCUCCUGAGGAAACACCGUCACCAAACCAAGAAGCCCAUCCACCGCUCCUUGGUCGACAUUGGAAAGUCUGUCUCCUCCACCACCAAUCGCAGCCCAGCGCGGGGCCCAGCGGCUGGUCCGAGCCUCCACCACUCCACCGAGGACCUGAGGAUGCGACAAAGUGCCAAUUACGGCCGGCUGUGUUACGCCCAGAGCAGAAGCAUGAAUGAUAUUUCUCGCACCCCAAACACAGACCAGCGGAAAAACAAAUUCAUGAAGAAGAUCCCCAAAGACUCAGAAGCCUCCAACGUGCUUGUGGGUGAGGUGGACUUCCUGGACCAGCCGUUCAUUGCCUUCGUGCGUCUCAUCCAGUCGGCCAUGCUGGGAGGAGUGACUGAGGUGCCUGUCCCCACCAGAUUUCUGUUCAUACUGCUUGGACCUUCUGGGAGAGCAAAAUCCUACAAUGAAAUUGGCCGAGCCAUUGCAACCCUCAUGGUAGACGAUCUCUUCAGUGACGUGGCCUAUAAAGCCCGGAAUCGGGAAGAUCUGAUAGCGGGGAUUGAUGAGUUUCUGGAUGAGGUCAUCGUCCUUCCCCCUGGAGAAUGGGACCCAAAUAUCCGAAUCGAACCCCCCAAAAAAGUGCCCUCUGCUGACAAGAGGAAAUCCGUGUUCUCGCUGAUGGAGCUAGGCCAGAUGAAUGGCUCUGCAGGGGGAGGCGGCGGGGCAGCCGCAGGAGGCGGCGGCGGAGGCGGUGGCAGUGGCGGCGGGGCUGGCGGAGGGAGCAACGGGGAUGACAGAGAGAUGCCAGCCAUGCACGAAAUCGGGGAAGAGCUUAUCUGGACAGGAAGGUUCUUCGGUGGCCUGCAUCUGGAUAUCAAGAGGAAGCUGCCCUGGUUCCCAAGUGACUUCUACGAUGGCUUCCACAUCCAGUCCAUCUCUGCCAUCCUGUUCAUCUACCUCGGCUGCAUCACCAACGCAAUCACCUUUGGUGGGCUUCUGGGGGAUGCCACUGACAAUUAUCAGGGAGUGAUGGAGAGCUUCCUGGGCACUGCCAUGGCCGGCUCCUUGUUCUGCCUCUUCUCGGGACAGCCUCUCAUCAUUCUCAGCAGCACAGGGCCCAUCCUCAUCUUUGAGAAGCUCCUCUUCGACUUCAGCAAAGGCAACGGUCUGGACUACAUGGAGUUCCGCCUCUGGAUUGGCCUCCACUCUGCCAUCCAGUGCCUGAUCCUGGUGGCCACAGAUGCCAGCUUUAUCAUCAAGUACAUCACCCGCUUCACAGAAGAGGGCUUCUCCACGCUCAUCAGCUUCAUCUUCAUCUAUGAUGCCAUCAAGAAGAUGAUUGGCGCCUUCAAGUACUACCCCAUCAAUAUGGACUUCAAGCCUGACUCCAUCACCACCUACAAAUGCGAGUGUGUCGCCCCCGACACAGCGAAUACAACCGUGUUCAAUGCUUCAGCCCUGCUGACACCAAACACCAACACUUCUCUGUACAACCCCCUUAACCUCACAGCACUGGACUGGUCUCUGCUGAGCAAGAAGGAGUGUCUGAACUACGGUGGGCAGCUGCUUGGGAAUUCCUGCCAGUUCAUCCCAGACCUGGCACUCAUGUCCUUCAUCCUUUUCUUUGGGACGUACUCCAUGACCCUGACCCUGAAGAAGUUCAAAUUCAGCCGCUAUUUCCCUACCAAGGUCCGGGCCCUGGUAGCCGACUUUUCCAUUAUCUUCUCCAUCCUGCUGUUCUGUGGCAUUGAUGCCUGCUUCGGCCUGGCAACCCCAAAGCUGCACGUGCCCAGUGUCAUCAAGCCCACUCGGCCUGACCGAGGCUGGUUCGUGGCCCCCUUCGGGAAGAACCCUUGGUGGGUGUACCUGGCGAGCACCCUGCCCGCCCUGCUGGUGACUAUCCUGAUCUUCAUGGACCAGCAGAUCACCGCCGUCAUAGUCAACCGGAAGGAGAACAAGCUGAGGAAGGCUGCUGGCUACCAUCUGGACCUGUUCUGGGUGGGCAUCCUCAUGGCCCUGUGCUCCUUCAUGGGGCUCCCCUGGUAUGUGGCGGCCACUGUCAUCUCCAUCGCCCACAUCGACAGCCUCAAGAUGGAGACGGAGACCAGCGCCCCUGGGGAGCAGCCCCAGUUCCUGGGGGUCAGGGAACAAAGAGUGACCGGCACCAUCGUCUUCAUCCUGACGGGCAUCUCUGUCUUCCUGGCCCCUGUCCUGAAGUACAUUCCCAUGCCCGUGCUGUAUGGAGUCUUCCUCUACAUGGGCGUGGCCUCCCUGAAUGGCAUCCAGUUCUGGGAACGCUGCAAGCUCUUCCUGAUGCCGGCCAAGCACCAGCCAGACCACGCAUUCCUGCGGCACGUGCCCCUGCGCCGGAUCCAUCUCUUCACGCUGGUGCAGAUACUCUGCCUGGCGGUGCUCUGGAUCCUCAAGUCCACGAUGGCCGCCAUCAUCUUCCCGGUCAUGAUCCUGGGCCUCAUCAUUGUUCGAAGGCUUCUGGACCUCAUCUUCUCCCAGCACGAUCUGGCCUGGAUUGACAACGUCCUUCCAGAGAAGGAGAAGAAGGAGACAGAUAAGAAGAAGAGAAGGAAAGGGACCCAUGAGGACAGUGAUGAGGAGCCCCAGUUCCCUCCUCCCUCAGUUAUAAAGAUUCCCAUGGAAAGUGUCCAAUCAGAUCCCCAAAAUGGUAUCCACUGCAUUGCCAGAAAAAGAUCUUCCAGUUGGAGUUACUCAUUCUGAUUCUUCCUUCAGUGACUCAGAACUCGACCGAAGCAUCACACUGCACUUCAGAAUUUCCUGUCCAGCUUCACCUGCUUUCAACUAUUCACAGAGCCCAGUGUUCAUGGUGCCACAGGUGAAGAUAGAAAUGGAGUCAGACUGUGACUUCACAGACGUGGACAGAUA